AUGCGUCAUAAGUUUCACAUCACCAUUGCCCUAUUCAAUAUUGGGGCGGCCUGGGUAGCUCCAGAGCCUGGCGUCGACAAAAUGCAAAUAACCAUGUGUGGAGAGCAAGCCGCCCGUCUAUUCCGCCAUAUUGAGGUCGACAUCCUCGUGCCGAUGCACUUUGAGUCAUGGAAACAUUUUACUCAAGGCAAAGAUGGUUUACGUUCAGCGUUUGAGGCGGCAGGAAUUAUUGAUCAUGUUCGUUGGCUUGAACCUGGUGUAGCACAAAAGAUUAUUUAA